CGCUCCGUUUGGUGGUAGCGGGGGUGCAACCAGUCGCUCCUAGCAUACCAAAAUUAAUUUUGAAAGUCAUUCACCAAACCAAUCAGGUACAAGGAGCGAGUCGCAUGCAGUUUUCCCAAUUUGGCCUCAGAAUCCAUUAAUAGACAUCUCCGCUUCAGUUGCCUUGGUUAACGCCUCCCUCUCUCUCUCUCUCUCUCUCUCUCUCUCUCUCUCUCUCUCUCUCUCUCUCUCUCUCUCUACUUAACUUCACAUCCAUAAGAUCACAUCCACGUUACUUUGCAUCUCCCGGGAGAGAGAGAGAGAGAGAGAGGGAUAUGACUGAGAGCCCUGAAAAUGGGUCUCCCGGAGCGGCGGAAACAAACCCAGGAAGCCCUUCUUUCAGAAACAACAACGGCAACAACAGCAUCAACAAAGAGCAAGAUCGGUUUCUUCCCAUCGCCAACGUCGGGAGGAUCAUGAAGAAAGUCCUCCCGGGCAACGGCAAGAUCUCCAAAGACGCCAAGGAGACCGUCCAAGAAUGCGUCUCCGAGUUCAUCAGCUUCAUCACCGGCGAAGCCUCCGACAAGUGCCAGAGAGAGAAGAGGAAGACCAUCAACGGCGACGACAUCAUCUGGGCCAUCACCACCCUAGGGUUCGAGGAUUACGUCACGCCGUUGAAGAUCUACCUCUGUAAAUACAGGGACACCGAGGGAGAGAAGGUGAACAGCCCUAAACAACAGCAGAGGCAGCACCCGCAACCGCCGCAACAUCUUCCCCAACAGAACCAUCACCAGCUCCAAGAUCAACAACAUAACAUGUCGUGCGGUGGUAAUCUCUACAUGUCCCACCACCACCACCACCAUCCAUCGCCCUUUCUUCCGCCGGAUCAUCAAUCGUUUCCCGUCCCCUUUUCUCCGAAAUCUAUUCAGAAACAGUUCCCGGAGCAGCAUGAUCAGAUCGAUUCCGUCGGACAAUGGUGAAGACUUUUGUUUAGUCUCUUCUUUUUUUUUUUCUUUAUAUAUAUAUAUAUAUAUAUAUAUAUACAUACAUAUGCUUCUUUUCCUUUUUCUAUUCCCUUCUCUUUGAAUCGCGUCAAGAACUUCUCUUGAUUACAAAUACGUACACGCAUUAGAUACUCUUUUAGAUCC